AUGUCAUCACAUGAUAGACGUGGCCUUGUCAAGUCUGAAAAUGAGAAUCACCAGCUGCACCAUUUGCAACAACUACUUAAUCUGUUUCUUGAAUUAUUUCACACUCCAUACAUGGUUAAUUAUUCAGUUCUUAAACCCACACCUGACUUUCAAAAUUCUCUGUCAAAUUUUAGUGGUGAUAUACCUCAAGAAAUUGGAAAUUUGAAUGCCGCAGUAUCCAUAGACUUGUCAGGGAAUAAGCUUUCAGGAAAUAUACUGACGACUGUCAGGGAUCUGCAUAACUUGAUUAACAUAUCAUUGGCAGAUAAUGAAUUACAAGGGCCUCUGCCUGAGACUUUGGGAAACAUGUUGAGCCUGGAAUCAUUAGAUCUAUCUCAAAAAAAUCUCACCGGAGAGAUUCCUACAUCAUUAGGAUCACUCUUGCAUUUGAAGUAUUUCAAUGUGUCAUUCAUUUACUUAAAUGGAAAAAUUCCUGCAAAUGGUUCUUUCCUCAAUUUCACGGCUGAAUCUUUUAUGUCCAAUGAAGGAUUACGUGGUGGUCCUCCUUAUAUGCGAUUCCCUCCUUGCCCCAAAUCAAGGAGAAAAAGGUUCCCCAGAGUUUUGUUCAUCUUGUUGCCAAUUGCAUUGACUGUCUUUGCUAUAAUUAGCAUAGUGUUGGUUCUCAUGAAGACUCUGCGUAGAAACCAAAGUAAUUCUCAAACAGAUCCACUCAGUCCAACAUUGCAUGAAAGAAUUUCAUAUUAUGACCUUGUACAUGCAACUAAUAUUUUUGAUGAAACAAACUUGAUUGGAAAUGGGAGCAAUGGUUCAGUUUACAAAGGGGUUUUGAGGGAUGGGAGUGUCUUGGGAAUAAAAGUUUUCAAUUUGCAAGUAGAAGGAGCAUUCAAAAGUUAUGAUGCAGAAUGUGAAGUUCUGCAUGACACUCACCAUCAAAUCUGGUUAAAGUCAUUAGUAGUUGCUCCAACAAUGAUUCUAAAGCUUUAG